AUGAUAACUGAAGAAGAACUUGCAUCGAUAUUAGAUAAAUAUUUAUUAGGAGAACUUACUUCUUCAUCAUUAGAGCGAAUAACUGAUGGAUGGACCAAUCUAACAGUUAAAUUUCAUAUAAAAUCAAAUGAAAAAUAUUAUAUUCUUCGCGAAUAUCUUCCAAGUUUACAACGAUCCAUUACAGUAGAAGAUAUUCAAAUUGAAUUAGAUUUUGUUUCUUAUCUUUUUAAGCAUUAUCAUCUACCAGUUGUGCCUGUGAUUGACCCACCGGGCACUUUUUUAAAUAAUAAUGGACAUUAUUGUGCUAUUUUCUCGUUCAUUGAUGGAAUUAAGCAUAUUAACACACCAGACAAUCCUCUGCGUCAAUUGUGGCAAACAAUAGAAAUAAGUCGAUUCCUUGGUCGACUACAUUCAAUAGAUAAAAAUAAUUUCUCGUUUCGUUUUAAUCGUCGAACAAUUAAUAUUGUUGAUACUAAGUAUCAACUUGUUAAUUGUUGUUAUGAAUUCGAAAACGAUGAUCCACAUCUAUAUAAACGAAUUCGUCGGAUUCUUGAUGAGUAUACGCAUGUAAUUCCAUUAAUUGAAGAUGAACGCGAGAAAAUAAUAUUUGAAGAAAAUUUUGAAAAAAAUCUUCCAAAAGGUUUUAUACAUGUUGAUAUUCAUGAUGAAAACGUUCUAUUCUGUCCUAAUCAAAACAAAAUCGCUGCAGUACUUGAUUUCGAUGAUAUGUCUUUUGGUCCUUUUCUCAUCGAUAUCGCCAUGACAUUAUGUUUUUGGUGUUCAUGUGGGUCAAAAUUUAAUAUCGAUUAUGCUAAAAAGUUUUUAAUCGAAUAUCAAAAAGCACGAAACAUGCCAUUAACAAAUGAUGAAUGGAGUUUAUUAGAGCUUUAUUGUUAUAUGACGAUGUUUCAUCAAAUACUAUUUGCUAUUCAAUCGCGAGACAGUGGACGAAUGAUUAGUGAAACAAUCAACGAAUUAAUUUUACCAAUUGAGCAAAUUUCACAAGAUAAACUGUUUUUAAAACUCAGUGAGGACUUGCGCUAG